AUGACGGGCAAGACUUAUACUCCUAUUCCACGACGUCUACGCGCUCCACCUGGUUAUCAGUUCGAUGGGGUUUGGACUGUUAAGGACCCCUAUAGCAAAAAGAACCGCAGGAGGUGUUUCGGGUACAAAGGCCUGUUUGGCGGCGGGUGUGACGGUGGUGCCGGCGGCGGCGGAUAUGGCGGCUCCGGCGGAUUCGGCGUGGGUGGCGGUGGCGGAUUCAGCAUAAGCGGUGGACUCAGCAUUAGUAGCGGAGUCAGCGUUACCCACGGGAUCGGUUUCCGCGGUGGCAUCGAAAAACUCACCGGCGGGAGAGACGGAGGCGCUAAAACCGGCAGCGCAGUUGAUAACAGCAGGUUUAAGUUGAGUCCUGAUAAAUACUCCUUCGAGUUAAGCGCUGACGGUGUGUUCCUGUUCAUCGCACUGAAAUUAGAGUGGGAUUCCUCGUGCCUGGGACCUUACUACGCCGUGUUCACGAAGGAAGCGAACGGAAGAAAAAUGGAGAAAUCACUUGACAUCGUUCACUUGGAAAAAGCCACAGUCCAAAUACCGGAGAUCAAAGAGCUGGACCUGACGGCGGGGCAGCGCGCCGCCCCCCAGACUGUACAGUUCAAAUGUAGCCGGUGCGAGUUGACGCGGAUAAUGGUCCGAUCUGACGACUACAAUAUUUACAACCUGGACACAAGCCGGUAUAAGGUCACGACAGAAGAUGGUUUGAACACUAUAGAGAUAGAUUUAGACACGGUCAAACCCAAGGACGUCGGCUACUACACCGCUGUGUUCCGCAAUGAGGACAACAACGAAGAGAACGUGCAGAUCAUCAAAGUUGAUUGCCUCCGAAUAAAGAGGUUGGUCCUGUCAGCCAAAACAGGGGAGCAUGUAGACAAGACACUCAAGUACGAGUGUACGGAUUGUGAGGUGACAGACGUGGUCUGUAACGGGGAGAGCGUCACCGCAGCAGGGAGAGUCAGCAUCGUGAACAGCUCCAAGAUCAUCAGCUUCAGCUUCCCAAGUUUCGAGGAUAGCAACUCGUGCGUUUAUUGCGGCCUCUUCAAGAAGGAUAACAAAAUUUACAGGAUCGUACUCGCAGUCAUCGACACUGUUACUGUAACUGGAGCAUUCCCCAUAACCUCUCCACCACUCGGAGAGCAGUUUGAAGCAGAAGUGCCGAUACAGUGCGACGAAUGCACACUAGAAAAGGUGUUAGUUAACGGUGUAAUGUUGGACACGGCCCCUACGAGAAGAAACAGCGCGGACACACCCGCUUAUUACAUUGCGACACCGACUUCUAUCACGAUACGCAUCAAUGAAUUUAGCGCUACGUACGAAGGAGUCUACCAAGCAGUGUUCGAUAUAAAAGGAGAGCAAGUGACCAAAACCAUCCUCGAGAUAAGGAAUCCCCAUGACAAAUCUGCUGCCCCGGAUCACGGUACUCCGGGUGACCAAAUAACUACUGUUGCUACUCCCGGUGAAAUCACAACUGUUCUUCCGGGUAGCAGUACUGCGAUUGAGACUUCUACUGAGGCUGCGGAGGGUUCUGAGAGUACUACUGCGUCUGAGCAGGGUUCUGCGAGUACUACUGCGCCUGAGCAGGGUUCUGCGAGUACAACUGCGCCUGAACAGGGUUCUGCGAGUAGUACUGAGGCUGAGCAGGAUUCUACUAGCUACUGGGAGGUAGUACCUUCUAGAAAGUUACCAGAACUGAGGAUUAUCGAGUACUCCCCCUCUCUUCGGACUUCAGAUAAACCAAUCAAAUCCCAGCGCCCUUUCAAAAUCUUCCUGUGUUCUGUGGGGGCGAGCCAAAUUAUGGGCGGCAAAAUUUACUUAGGGUCAGCCGUAAAGUACGUCACUAAAAGGCGGCAAAAACUUGCCCGGGGCGGCAAAAUUUCUGUAUCAGGCCCUGGUGGUACAACCGAAGUAUUGGAAGCUCUCAAAUUCUUGGAAUCAGUCAUUAACAAAAAUGUAGUCGACGAGAUUACCGUUAAUCCGAUGCGGAAGCCAGAUAUACUGAACGUUAUACACAAUUUGCACCCAGACUUGCUCAGUAGACCGGCGGAUAAUGUUAAUGCCAACGAUCACACUCUACCACUUCUUGAAUCUAGAGAGAUCAUUGAAAAUCUCGACAAUGAUAUCGGAGAAGAAGAGGAGAACAGAAGAUUCUUGACCUGGCUGAGAAAUCUCUUCAACGGUAACAGUGAAAGUAAUAACAAACACAAGAAGAAGGACAUAAUUAAAAGCAAACAUAAAAAAUACAACGGCCGCACUUCGAAAAAGAAAUCGAAAGGUGAUAAAUUAGAAACCAGAAGAUUGAUCAAUUGGUUCCAACACCUCGUGUCCGCAACAAAAACCAGUACAACAACACUCAAUCCAACUGCAACAGCUAAUUCAAACGUUGACGCCACAAGAGAUGCAAAAGAAAAUGAAAACUGCUUAGAAAACAAUCUAACACGAAUUUUAGAUAAACUGAAUAAUGUUUUGGAGAAGUUUAACGAAAACUUGGACAGACAUAAUGAAAGAGUAAACAAAAGUAUGGGUUUCGUUGUCCUUAAACUGCCUCUCAAAGGUAAUCCUGAUGUUGAACCUACACGUGGCUACUCAAGACGAAAAAGAGAAGUCAAGGAUUCCCCUAAAGCUGUGAAUAAAACAGAAAAAUCCACUGCAAUACCUAACUUGAGAUCAUUGAACACUUCACCAAUUAUCAGAGUUAACGAAAUUGAUAGCGGUAUUGGGGAGGCACCUGAUAAUGCUAAUAAAAGAGCCGUAGAUAGCGCACAUGAAUUGAAAGACAAUUUAAUUAGGUUUGUAGCUGAAACUUUUAAAGAGAUUAAACUUAAGAUUGCACCUCUGAAACCAGUUAAAGAUACAUAUUCCGCUGAUGAUUCUUACAUUAUAGGAUAUAUUGUAGCAUGCAUAGACACUCUCGAAGUUACCUUGACUAAAUUGAUGGCUGAAAUGGAAUCGAAAAAGCACAAAGUUAACGAAAAUCAAUUGAUGGAGCUAUUUAAGAGACUGAAUACGUCAAGAACGGUCAUAGGAAAACUCAUGGAUUCCUUACAGAAAUGUGGCAACCAGGACAAGACGCGUGAUAACCCCGGAUUUUGGAGCCAAGAACGCGGACAGACCAAUAAAAAAAAGUUAAAAAUGUCACAAAUCAACUUUUUUUAUGUUGAUGUAGGCAAAACAGCUAGAAGUCCACCUCAUAAUAAGUGGUCACUGCUGUCAAUGGACACUUGCAGCAACAAGGGCCACUCAUGUGUUGCCGGCUCUGAACGAAAAGGUUCAUCCGCCUCUUUAAGAUUACCAUCAUAUAUCAUAGCUAUUAAAAAAAAUACUGAGGCAAGUUCGUUCCAGAUCUUACUGGUACGCAAGAGAAAGGAACACAUGGUGCUCGAACGCCAGGCAAACUUGGCCACUGGCAUCCGGUUGAAUAAUUCGGACACUCUCCGUUGUAUAGACUUUACAACACGCAGUUGCAUUCUUGUGCGUGUUGUACCGUCUGCGCAUGCUAAGGGGUUGCAACGCGUCAUCAAACUGUCCGCUUUUGUAUCCGGUCAAGAGGAAGGAGCUGGUAUUGGGGUGCUGCAGCCCAGAGAACCAGUGCUUUGUAAAGUAACACCCGAUAUUUAG